AUGAGAGACAGACAAGACAAUGCUAGCGUCAGAACACGGCCUGAAGGCUUGCGCAGCAGUGUCAACUAUCGCCAACCCGCGUCGGGCGGCAACAUAUCCAAUCGACGUACAGCACUCGCCGUAUCCAGCGUUGCAAGCCCUGCCCCGUGGCUGCCUUUCCCUUCGAGGUGUUCCCAACAACAAGGCCCUCAAUUUAGGAACUACCGAAUUCAAAAGCCCGCAAAAGAAAAAAGAAACCACCUCCAGACCUUCUGCCAGAAAAUCCCACGGACUCUCGUGGCUUGGCAAGAAAAGAGGCGCAAUCUUCGUAUCACCACUGCAGACGACAUUCGGACAUUUUUCUAUGACAUCAUCUCACCAGACGGCCCGUCAUCGUCGACGACACCGGCAGACCUGGACGACGUCAAGAAAUACAUUACAAGCAAACGUAGGUCCCCAGGCAAAGCCAGUGACCAGCGAGAUGCUUGCCUGUCUACGAUGCAGGAACUCGUCUUUUUUGGGGAGUGUCUCGUAGCUUCGGUUCUUGAUGUCAAGCCGGCCGAUGUGCAUAAGGCCACCAGGCAGUACUAUUCGGAUUCCUCAUAUGAAGAAUGGAAAGCACGGCGUUAUCGGCGUGCGGCGUUGGUGAUUUCCAAUUGGAUGGGCCAACUAUACAAGGAUUGCAGUUCUGCCGCCUUUGAGCUAUUUCUUCACGGUAUGCAUCUCGAACUAAGGCCGAAGGAAUCACCGCUUACCAGCCGCUUAGUCGGUACUCUGUCCAGCUUCGAGAAUUUGGUAAGAUCUAAUAAGAACAACAAUACCUUCCUCAGCGUGGUGCAGCCGCUGAUACCAACCGAGCUGUGCGUGAAAGACGCUUCGCCUCAUCCGCCUCAUCUAACGUUCUACCUACCCUUCCUCGUCUGGGCCAGCAUCUUCCUCAACGUAAAGGUAGACUGCUUUGACGAAGUCCGCAGCGCAUUCCCGUCGGUCAAAUUUGGUCGUUCCGACUUUGUGCAGUGUCUCUUGUUUCUCUCCGAAGGCCGUCCUGAAGUUCCUAGCCUGGUAGACCAACACCGUCCCGCGGCUGCUAAUGUCCCAUACGACGGAGAGCAGGGGUUUCCGGUGUGGCGCGACAAUAUCCCUCUCUCUUCCUCGCAAACAGCCGCCUUUGGACAUCUCAUACACUUCGAUGCUGGUAUGCCCGCCAUCGGCCAUGAAUUGUGUUUCCCGAAUGAUGCGCAGGCCACAGGCGAUGUAGGCACUGCCGUCGAUUGCUACGGCCUCGGCCGACCGGAUGGGGGCUCAGCCGGCAUCAUAGACAAUGGAUCUGUCGGAGCCGCACUGGCCUGUAUUCCGGAGGGUCUCUCCAACCAGUUUCCAUGGUACACGGGCGCGUUGGGCAAUGGUGCGGCAGUAGAUACGGUCCGGGUGGAGAUGAACACCGGUUCGGGACAGAUAGGCGGCGUCCGGCAGUGUUGCAAAUUGUGA